AUGUUUGGCUGUUGCAGGAGCAAACCAAAGACGUUCGCGUUCGAUCACUGUUUCUAUUCCCUGGACCCGGCCGGCGAGAAUUUCGCCAGCCAGGACGUGGUAUUCGACGCCCUGGGCCGCGACAUCUUGGACAAUGCGUUCCAAGGCUACAACGCUUGCAUUUUCGCCUACGGCCAAACCGGGUCCGGGAAAUCGUACACGAUGAUGGGAAGCGGCGAGAACAAAGGUAUUAUACCACGGCUGUGCGACAACCUCUUCGACAUGAUCGCGAAACAACAGAGCUCGGAGCUCACCUACAAAGUCGAAGUCUCGUACAUGGAGAUCUACAACGAGAAGGUGCACGAUCUGCUCGACCCGAAGCCGAACAAACAGUCGCUGAAGGUCAGGGAGCACAAUGUCCUGGGACCGUACGUCGACGGACUUAGUCAGCUCGCUGUCACGUCCUUUCAGGACAUCGACAAUCUGAUGGCGGAGGGGAACAAGUCGAGGACGGUGGCGGCGACGAACAUGAACUCGGAGAGUUCACGGUCGCACGCGGUGUUCUCCGUCAUCCUGACGCAGACGUUGACGGACUCGAAGAGCGGCGUCAGCGGCGAGAAGGUCUCGCGGAUGAGCCUGGUGGAUUUGGCGGGGAGCGAAAGGGCUGUGAAAACUGGGGCGGUGGGCGAUAGGCUUAAAGAAGGAAGCAAUAUAAACAAAUCCCUAACGACGUUGGGUCUAGUCAUUUCGAAGCUAGCGGAUCAGAAUUCCGGAAGUAAUAAGAAUAAGGACAAAUUCGUGCCGUACAGGGACUCCGUCCUGACAUGGCUGUUGAAGGACAACCUUGGCGGAAACAGCAAGACCGUAAUGGUGGCAACGAUAUCCCCCGCAGCGGAUAAUUACGAGGAGACGCUCUCAACUCUGCGGUACGCAGACAGAGCCAAGAGAAUCGUUAAUCACGCGGUGGUCAACGAGGAUCCAAACGCGAGGAUCAUUCGAGAAUUGAGGCAGGAGGUGGAAGCGUUGAAGGAGAUGCUAUUGCACGCAACUGGACAAGGAUCGAUAGUGGGCCAGCAACGCACAGACAUAACGGAGAAACUGUCGGAAUCGGAACGAUUAAUGAAAGUGAUGUCGCAGACGUGGGAAGAGAAAUUAGUGGAAACGGAGAAGCUGCAACACGAGAGGCAGCAGGCCUUGGAGAAAAUGGGGAUAAGCGUUCAAGCUUCUGGCAUCCAAGUGGAAAAGAACAAGUAUUACCUCGUUAAUCUGAACGACGAUCCAAGCUUGAACGAGCUGCUAGUUUAUUACCUGAAGACGGAGCAAGAUAUUCAACUGCACGGGCUUGGUAUUCUGCCUGAACACUGUGUCAUCACGAUAGAGGAGACCGGCCUCUACAUGACGCCAUUAAACGGUGCUAGGUGUUUCGUGAACGGCACUCAGGUGGUGGAGAAAACGCCGCUGUUGCACGGCGACAGGAUCGUCUGGGGAAAUCAUCACUUCUUUCGGGUGAAUUGCCCCAGAAGCGCAACAGGUAACUUGAGGCUCUCAAUGGAUAUCAAGUUGAUUGAAUUCUUUGUGAUCGAUGCGCGACGACGUCCUGCAAAGACUAAUAUCGAUUACAACUUCGCGCGAGAAGAACUGAUGCUUAAUGAACUGUCGAACGACCCUAUUCAGAGAGCCAUCGCCAGACUCGAGAAGCAGCACGAGGAAGAUAAACAGGUCGCGUUAGAGAAACAAAGACAAGAGUACGAGCGGCAGUUCCAGCAACUUCGCAACAUUUUGUCCCCGUCGACACCUUAUUCUCCUUACGUGCCGUACGACCCUCUGCGGGGCAGUCAGAGCAGUAAGCUUCCUGCCUGCACGCCCACCACGCAGAUGCGGGUGGAGAAGUGGGCCCAAGAAAGGGACGAGAUGUUCAAGAGGAGUCUGGGUCAGUUGAAAGCGGACAUCUUGAAGGCGAACGCGUUGGUGCAGGAGGCGAACUUCCUGGCGGAGGAGAUGGGAAAGCAAACGAAAUUUAGCGUCACUUUGCAAAUUCCGCCGAACAAUUUGAGUCCAAACAGGAAGCGGGGCGCCUUCGUCAGCGAGCCUGCGAUUCUGGUGAAGAGGACGAACAUGGGCAGCCAAGUGUGGUCCAUGGAGAAGUUAGAAAACAAGCUAGUCGACAUGCGGGAGAUGUACGAGGACAGAAAGGAUCCCAAUAAUUGUCAACGAUUGCCUGCCAUUAAGGUACGCUGUCUAAUUCGUUCUCUGGUUGCCAGUUGGCUAUCUGAUCUGAGAUUGAUGGUGUGUUACAAAUUACAGGACGAAGUGCCGGGAAAGACUCAAGACCCGUUUUACGAGUCCCAAGAGAAUCACAAUCUCAUCGGUGUAGCGAAUGUUUUCUUAGAGGUUCUGUUUCACGACGUUCGGUUAGAUUACCACACGCCGAUUAUCAGUCAACAAGGUGAAGUCGCUGGACGACUGCAGGUCGAGAUUAGCCGCAUAUCUGGUCACUUCCCUCAGGAUCGUAUCUGCGAGGCAGCGUCGGAGUCGUCGACUGACUCGACCUCGUCUGAACCGGAGGACUACUCCGGCUCGAGCUUUAUCACGUGCCGCGUGACCAUCAAACAAGCAACUGGUUUGCCAUUGUCACUCAGCCAUUUUGUAUUUUGUCAGUACAUGUUCUGCGGGCAUCCGGACCCCAUAGUGGUCCCAGCCGUGGACAAUUCCGAGCAGUUGAACUCGAACUGCCAGACAGGGCAGAGGGACUCUCUGGUGUUCAAGUUCAAUCACACGAAAGAUUUUACCGUGCCCAUAACCGAGGAGUUUAUCGAACACUGUAGCGAAGGGGCCUUAAGCAUAGAGGUUUGGGGACACCGAAGUGCCGGAUUUUCCCGAAGCAAGCCAGGCUGGGAAGUGGAGCAACAACUUGCCAAGGCCAGAUCCCUGGCUGAUCGAUGGUCGGAGUUAACGCGGAAAAUCGAACUCUGGGUAGAAAUUCAGGAACUGAACGAACAAGGGGAAUAUUCGCCAGUGGAUGUGGUUGUAAAACAAGAUACGUGGACAGGCGGUAUUUAUCAAUUACGUCAAGGGCAACAACGACGGAUACAAGUUCGGGUGAAACCAGUACAAAAUUCAGGGACAUUGCCAAUUAUUUGCCAGUCGAUAUUAAACAUAGCGGUUGGCAGCGUAUCGGUGAGGAAUCGUCUCCAGAUCCCAUUGGACAGUUAUCAGGAUGAGGACUUGAGCAUACUAAGAGAAAAAUGGAGCGAGGCGUUGAUGAGAAGGAGACAAUACUUGGAUCAACAGAUACAAAAACUUAUCAACAAACAAGACAAAACCGAACAGGACAUAGAGCGAGAACAAAGCCUCGUGGAUCAGUGGGUUAGUCUGACGGAAGAGAGAAACGCGGUGUUGGUGCCUGCAGCGGGAUCGGGUAUUCCUGGUGCACCUGCCGACUGGAAUCCUCCUUCAGGCAUGGAGCCACACAUCCCUGUUCUGUUUCUUGAUCUCAACGCGGAUGAUCUCUCAACCCAUCAAUCGGGGGAGGAAGUCUCCGUAACCGGGUUGAACUCGAUCUUACCAAAGGAGCAUGGCAACAAGUUUUACAACUUACCAAUAAUUCGUCGCAUAGAGAAGGACGUGUGCGCUAUCGCCGCUUGGGACUCCAGUAUACACGACAACAUACAUCUGAACAAAGUCACAGAUGCGAACGAGCGGGUUUUUUUAAUUUUGAAAACGACGGUACGUCUGUCGCAUCCGGCGCCGAUGGACCUUGUGCUGCGUAAACGGCUGGCCUUGAACAUCUACAAGCGACAAAGUAUCACGGACCGAAUCUUCAAGAGGAUCGUCCGUACCGACUGUUUGACUCAAACUGGCGUCACUUACGAGGUCGUGUCCAAUAUACCAAAGGCCAGCGAGGAACUGGAGGAUCGCGAGAGCCUGGCACAGAUAGCUGCCAGCGGUGAGGACAACAGCUUGUGCGAUGGUGAAACUUACAUCGGUAAAGCCAACGUUUCCAACAUGUGCAUCGCAUGA